AUGGCGGACUCCAGCGAAAAACGUGAACUGGGAGAAGAAGAAAUAAAUGAGUUUUUUCCUAAAAUAAAGAAGUCCAAAGCGCAUCCGGAGAGUGAAAAUGGGAAAGGGGAACAUAAAAUUACAGAGAAUACAGAGGAGAGUGGAAAUGUGCUGUCCAAGUUUGAAACCGCUGCAGUUUUAAGCGACUCUGCGCGAGAGAAAACUGUCUUUGUGCACGGGAAGAUUUCAGGUCAGGAUGCUGUGGUGAUUCUGGAGAAAACCCCAAUCCAAAAGGAAGUCCUGUCCCAGAUCUUCUCCGAGUCUAGACUGAAGCUCCAGAUGAAGAACGACAUCUACAGCACGUACCAGCUACAGGCGCCUGCUCACCUUAACGAGAUCAAGACGACGGUGGUGUUUCCGGCCACUCAGAAACACAUUCAGAAAUAUCAGCGCCAGGAGAGUUUUUUACUGGAGGAGACUGCCGAAGAUUAUUUCUCCAUCACUUUACCUUAUAUACAAGAGCAGCACUUCAGUGUGCAGUGGGUGUAUAACAUCCUGGAGAAGAAGGCGGAGUCUGAGAGAAUCCUGUUUGAAGAUACAGAUCCAAAAACAGGCUUUGUGCUGCUGCCCGACUUCAAAUGGAACCAGAAACAGGUAGAUGACUUGUACCUGAUUGCAAUCUCUCACCUUCGGGACAUAAAGAGCCUGAGAGACUUGACCUCAGAGCACCUGCCUCUGCUCCAGAACAUCCUCCUCAAGGGACAGGAUUUGAUACUGUCUACGUUUGGCCUCCCUCGUUCUAAGCUGCGAGUGUACCUGCACUACCAGCCAUCGUACUACCACCUCCACGUGCACUUCACCCAUUUGGGAUUUGACGCUCUGGGCUCUGGAGUGGAGAGAGCCCACCUGAUCCAAGACGUGAUCCAGAACAUCCAAAUUAACCCGAGGUUCUACCAGACCAGGACUCUCUAUUUCCCCGUACGUGCUGACGACGGCCUUCUCAGGAAGUACAGGGAGGCAGGCAAGAUGUAGACCCUGGAAAGACCUGGAUUUAAGC